GCCGCAGCCUCUCUCAAAUCCAUUCUCCUGAAGGAGCUUGUGGAUGGGCUGAGCUUCAUCCCCCUUAUAAUGGGUUCCAAAAAUCUCAAAACUCUGAAGAUCAUCCGCUGCCAGGGCAAUUGGGAUGAACUCUUCAAGGUUUUCAGCCAUGGAAACGCCAUGACCAGCUUGAUGGAAGUUCACAUUGAGAGGAUACAGGUGAGUGAUUAUGGGGUUUCAGCCAUUUCUAACUGCUUGAAUUUAGAGAUAUUGCAUCUGAUCAAAGUGUGGGAUUGUUCCAAUGUGGGGCUUUCUUGUAUUGCUGAACACUGUAAAAAGUUGAGGAAGCUCCACAUUGAUGGGUGGAGAAUCAAUAGAAUAGGAGACGAGGGUUUAAUGGCCAUAGCCAAACAAUGCCUUGAUUUACAAGAACUUGUUCUGAUUGGGGUGAAUCCAACUUGUUUGUCUCUGUCUUCAUUGGCCUCAAACUGUGUGAAUCUGGAGAGAUUGGCUCUGUGUGGGAGCAGAGUUGGGGAUGAAGAAAUUGCUUGUAUUGCAGCCAAAUGCAAGUCACUGAAGAAACUUUGCAUUAAAGGGUGCCCAAUUUCAAACAUUGGGAUUGAAUCUCUGGCCUGGGGGUGCCCCAAUUUGGCUAAGAUUAAGGUGAAGAAGUGCAGAGGGGUGACUGGUGAGAUCAGGGAGUGGCUUGUGGAGAAGAGGAGAUCCUUGAGUGUUAAUUGGGAUGUGGAGGAGAUUGAUCACUUGGAUGCGAGUAGCAGCGAUGCUGGGAGUGCUCGGGAAGCCGUUCCGGAGUUGGGGCAGGUGGAGACUGGGGUCGAAGCUCCGGUUGGCGGGGACGGGCGGUUGACGAUGUUGAAGACGAGGUUGGGAGUUCUGGCUGGGAGGAGUUUGAUGGCCUGCACAUUUGGAAGGUGGUCUAGUAAUAGUACUGAUUCAAGCAGUAGUUUAUGAAUGCUUUUGUUAAGUGAAGAUUGAUUUGUGGAAAGAAUACAUCUUUUGUCUCUUGAAUUCCCCCUCGACAAACGUCAAUCCAUUCGUCCAAGUGGAAAAUAAAACAUCUAUUACCUUCCUCCGAACAUAGUUCAAUGGAUAAAACAUCUAUUGCUUU